AUAUAUGAAUGUUAUAGUUUGGUAUUGUUUUGGAGAAAAAUGCAGAUGUAAAAGUUUGUUUCAAUGUUAUUUUAUAAAGGAUAUUGCAUUAAAAGAGAAAAACAGAAAAGAAAAGAAUUUGCUUAAUUCCACUAGAGAGAGCUGUUUCUCUCUCUCUCUCUCUCUCUCUCUCUCUCUCUCUCUCUCUCUCUCUCUCUCUCUCUGGUAUGAUUGGUAUGAUGACAGUUUUGUAGCACUUAUUGUGUGGUUGUAUUUGGUUGUCACCCGUCCUGGUUAAGGUGAGGUUAUUAUACUCUUCUACUCUUCAGGUAAGUACUUUAAAAAGAGGGAAAUAUAAAAAAAUUUUUUUUUUUUUUUUUUAAAGGAAUGUAAACUGUAUAUUGUAUCUAUGGUUCGGUUUGAGUAAUCCACUGUAUGGCAGCAUGAUAUUAGGAUCAGUGUUUGUUUGUUUUUUGUGUGUAGUUAUGUGGGCUGUUCCUGUAAUCGUGCUGGUUAUUUCUUUAGUGCUGAAUGUAGGCCCCUCGUUCUCUUCUUGCACUACCCGAGUGAGGGUUCAGGAUUUAGGCUGUCACAUGCAUUGGAGCUGUUCUGAUAUUAACACCACCACCACAACCUUCACUGUCCAGACAAAGAUUCAAGGGUGGGAAGCUGAGUGGUGAUGAUUCGUUGGGCAGUAUUCACCACCCUCUGAAGAGCUUUACGGUCCGAAGCAAUGCAGCUGCUGUACCACACUGAGAUGCAGCUAGUGAGGAUGCUCUCAAUGGUACAGUCUCCUCAGAAAAAACUGGUUCCGUUGUGCCUUUCUGAUCAGGAUAGAAGAUUUCAGAGACCAGGUGAGAUCCUCAAAGAUGUGGACUCCAAUGAACUUAUAUCUGGGUACACAUUCAACAGCAUCUCUGUUGAUGUGAAUGGUAGCUUGAUGUGUGAUUGCCGGCUCGUCUAUUAUCCACAAUGACCUAUUUCGUCUUCUUGGUGUUGAGUUCCAGGUUAUUGUCCUCACAUCUCAAAUCAAAUUCCUGGAAUUCAGCAUUUUCUGCAAUUCUCAAACCACACCAUCUGACACCAACAACCACACCAUGGUUGAGGGCAGAGUGGCAGAAUGUUUCCCACUGUUUCCAGAUCUCCUCAUACAGCUGUGAUGUGUCUCAGGUCUUCAAGAGCUUUGAACUCUUUAACUUUGUCAUGUUGGGAUUGAACCAGGGACAUGGAAACAUGAACUGGACCUCAACAGAGCUCUGUGACCCAGUCAAAGACCCAAAUGCAAGUUUUAGCCCCCCGUCGCUGUCCCUCUAUCUUAAUGAGCAACAGCUCUGGGUGGAGGUGAUCUUUCCUUGUGCUCCUAAUGUAGUCUGCCAGGACGAAGACUAUGAGGAGGAGGAGGGUGAUGAAAAGGAUACUCCAACAUGCUGCACCAUUACUGACAUCCUGCCGCAAAACACAACAGUGACUCUUUAUAAUAAACAUAAUAUGAAUGAGAAUCAGACUCACACUAUGAUGGUGGAAGGAAGUCCGUGGAAGCUGCCGUUUUUAGGGCUUUCUCCAGGUCAGGAGUACUGCGCUGUGGCCCACUAUGCUUCAUCUCCUCUAUCUGACCCACAGUGUAUCCAUGUCCCACUACUGGAAAAUCCAAACCUUCUGGUCCUGGCAUUGUGCGGUGUCUUCAUUGCUCUUCUUCUCCUUAUUGGCUUGGUGCUUAGGAGAUGGUGGAGUUGGUGUGCUUCGACAGAUCUCAAACUUCCUCAAUCUCUGAUGUCUGUGCAGAGUCUGGAUCAGGAGGGUUCUAUUGUGGAUGAACCCAGACAGCCAGCCAUUGAAGAAGAGGAAUCUAUUGCCUAUCUCUCCAUCAUCUCUCUCAAUAACACACUUGAGACAUCUUUUUUGAGGACAUCAUCUGUGCCCCAAUCAGUUUAUCCACAUUUGCAGAGUCUUGAAGCCAGAUAUUACACCACAACCAUUCUGCAAAACCGGAUUUAUAAUGAAAAUGUGGACACAGAUUACCUCUUCAGGGGUCUUGAAACAGAUGGUGUUUCAGAUCCUGCACCUUCAGUUUAUUAUCAGUGGCCACGUUGGUCAUCACUUCCUGCUCUCAAAACAGGGAUGGUGUGUUUGUUGGGGAAUGUUCUUUCUUCAGAGGACUCUGUGAUUCCUUUAAGCUCUGUUAGAGUAGCUGGUGUACAUUUAGCCAAGACCGAGUCGGAUCAUUCUUUUACAGUAUUUCCAUCACUUUAUUGUGACAGAGAUUAGACUUUGAUUUCUUAAGCUGUUUUUAAGCUCUAGCCAGUCACAAGCUAACAGAUGCUCAUGACAUGCAUGAGACGGCAAGUGUUGCUCAGUAUGAUCUCACAUUUACUUACAGGUAAAAAUCUUUCAUCAAGAGCAAGGACCUUAACCCUUAAUUGCUUUGUUGUAUAACUGUAAUUAAUGUGUAACUGAUCAUCCCAAGUCACUCUGGAUAUGGGUAUCUGGCAAAAGCUGUAAACAUGUAAUGUUCAUGUAUGCAGAUCGGGUUAGUUCCUGUAAUUUCUGCAACAUCCUCUCUUUUUUUACUUCCUUCAAAGUAAAUAAGUAAAUACUAUAAGACUUGCAUAUGGAAUCAUUUUGUCACCUCAGUACUAUACUAUAUUUAAUGGAGGAAUAAAUCAGAUGCAAAAGCCGUCAAUCUGUUGAUGAUGUUAGCGCAAUCCAAAGUUGAUGCUGAUUUUGGGAUACACUCAUACAGCAGUGUGACUCAUUUUCAGUAAGCACUCGUAAAUCCUCAACUAUUGGUUUUACCCCCUGCGUACUCUCUUCUGCGCAAAUAUGAAAGGGGUGGGGUAAUGUGGUGGUGCAUUGGUGGUGGGGGUGUUGAGUUGGGGGUACACACACAUUCAGCCUGCCCUUUAGUCCCCCCUCAUCCUCACUGACUCAUUGUUGCCUGUUCGGAUUUUCAUGGCCAACAACUCGCAUGCACUUUAUGCUGAUGCUGGUAUUUUGCAAACCAAAAUGAGACCCCAAGGAGCAGUCCUGCAUUUUGGAUCUGUCCUGUGACUGUGUACAGCUUUAAUUGUAAUGACUCACCUUUCAGUGUUCUCAAAAGUAUGCUGCCAUCUGUUUGAUUUAUGCUACAGAGACUGGGGGAAAGUAGUGUAUGUUUUGUUGUGCUGUAUUUUGACAGUAUUUAUUGUGUUGUGCCAUGUACGAUUUUAAAGAAGCCUGUGCAUAUUACCUCACUAAUGUAUGCAAUGCAUCAAUAAAAUCAUUUUUUUUUUAAAAAGAUGCCAGGUCUCAUUAGUGCACUUUUAAAUGUCAAGUUUCGAGUUGACCAAAGUGAAAAGCAGGAGUGUGGCGGAGGAAAAAUGUGCUGCUUUAAUAAAGCCACAACCCACAACCCUGAAAAAAACACGCUGAAAAACAAGAGCAAGCGUGUAAGAGCUGAUGGUAAAAAGUAAAUGAAAAACCCCCUAAUUGAGGUUUUAUACAGAAGCUGUGUGAACACCUUCAAACUCACGAUUCUUUCUAUGAUUAAAAAAGAAUUAAAUGACUGAUAUUUUUUAUAAUACAUAUACAUCCCUUUUGUUUAGUAGCUGUUAAUAUGUCUGUAUUGGACCUGUGAAUUUGUUUGAUAUAUUCUAAUACAUAUGGAAAAUAUAAAAAAUAAUCAGAGAAUGUUGAAUACUUGAUUCAGAGGUGUGUGAAACUGAAUAGCUGAACAUUUAUAAUACGACAAAUAC